UUCAUAUUAAACAUUAGAACAACUCGUUCGGGCUCAUUUAUAGCUUGAUCGUAGGUGGAAUAUACCAAUGAUGAGGUUUUAUUAAUAAUACGAUCCAAGUUGUUACAUCGUUCAAUAUGUGUCUAUUGUAAGUGUUAAACUGGUGCCUUUUGCCAUAAGGAUGAUCUGAUCUUGACCAUCUAACAUCUGAAGAUUAAAGAAAACCAGUAAAAGUCCUCUCUGACAUCAUGGCCCAGCAGAGAGGAGUCAACAGUCUCCAGUUCAACCAGGACCAGAGUUGUUUCUGCUGUGCCAUGGAGACAGGUGUUCGCAUUUAUAAUGUGGAACCUCUAAUGGAAAAGGGGCAUUUAGACCAUGAGCAGGUGGGCAGCAUUGCCUUGUGUUCAAUGCUUCAUCGAUCAAACUUACUGGCAGUUGUGGGAGGCGGAAUCAAUCCUAAAUUCUCUGACAUCUCAGUAUUAAUAUGGGACGAUGCCCAGGAAGUGCGAGACCCCAAAGACAAACUUGUGCUUGAGUUCACAUUCACCAAACCAGUGCUGGCCGUGCGUAUGAGACAUGACAAAAUCAUCAUUGUGUUGAAAAAUAGGAUCUAUGUUUAUAGUUUCCCAGAAAAUCCUGUCAAGCUCUUUGAGUUUGACACUCGGGAUAACCCCAAAGGUUUGUGUGACCUUUGCCCUAGUUUGGAAAAGCAGUUGCUGGUUUUCCCUGGACAUAAAUGUGGCAGUCUACAGUUAGUGGAUCUUUCCAACACAAAACCUGGAACCUCUUCAGCUCCGUUCACCAUCAACGCCCAUCAGAGUGAGAUCGCCUGCCUGGCACUGAAUCAGCCUGGCAGUGUGGUGGCCUCCGCUUCUAGGAAGGGCACUCUGAUCCGUCUGUUUGACACUACGACUCGAGAUAAACUAGUGGAACUCCGGAGAGGAACUGACCCUGCAACACUCUACUGCAUUAAUUUCAGCCACGACUCAUCCUUCCUUUGUGCAUCAAGUGACAAGGGAACUGUGCACAUAUUUGCUCUAAAAGACACCAAACUGAACCGUCGCUCGGCCUUGGCACGUGUAGGAAAGGUUGGUCCCGUCAUCGGGCAGUACGUGGACAGUCAGUGGUCUCUGGCUAAUUUCACAGUGCCUGCCGAAUGUGCUUGUAUCUGUGCCUUUGGGAAAAACACUUCCAAAAAUGUCAACUCAGUCAUCGCCAUAUGUGUUGAUGGGACAUUCCACAAGUACGUCUUCACCCCUGAUGGAAACUGCAACCGUGAGGCUUUUGACGUGUAUCUGGACAUUUGUGACGAUGAUGAUUUCUAAAGCUGGAGAUCUUUGAUUGAUCGGUAGCUAAAUGUAAAAUAGUACUCAAUUUAAUUGACCUCUGCUUGUUCUUCUUGAGUUUAUGUUACUGGUUUGCAUAAUCAAAUGUACAUAAGCGGUCUGUGUGAAGUGAAAAAAUGUCUUAUAAAUCUUAUCAACAAUGUAGAAUUCCAAGGUCUGUGAUUAUGUCAUUGCCUUUAAAAAUGUAUGACUUUUGAACCUUUGAUUUUUCCAUCAUUCUUUGGACUGAUAAUGUGAUGUUUGUGUAGAAGGACAGAAUUUAAGGAAUUUAAUUUGUAAAGAUUGAUUGCAUCAAUACAAUCUUUUGAGGUAGAGCUCAUAGAGCUGGGUUUUGGCUUUGGGCUUUACUGUGUAUUUUUGGCGUUUAAUAUAACAAAUGGGUAAUAUACGUGUUUGUUAACGCUACAACCUUAAAUCUGUAGUGAUAUAAUUUCAAGAUUAUGAUUUAUUAUGAGCAAAUGUUACGAGUAAAAAAUACAGAUGAUUAGACCAUUUAGAAUGAGUUGGCUUAACACACAUUUGUUUAUGGUCAGAUUACAUGUUGUUUUACAUUAUUUGCAUUUAUUGAGAAACUGUCAGGACUAUGAAAAAUGGUUCCAUACACUGGAUAUAAUCCACACUAAAAAGUGUACAUUUUGAUAAAGCCUACUAGACAGGCAGACAGACAAACGUGACUAGACAAAAUAAAGA